CGUCAUUCAGUCUCAGCAUGCGUAUAAUAAAAACUUAACAAAUCAAGGUUAACUUAUUAGCCAAAGCAACUCACACCAGUUUCAUUGGAUUGAAUUCUCAUCUUUUUAAUUUUGAUAUCUAAAACAAAUAAUCGGCAAAGGUGGACGAUUUCGAGGAAGUCCAAUCGACAACUGGUACCAACUUCCGGAAGCCUUCGCUACAAUGCAAUGAGAUGCAGAACUAUUAGGGACUUUUUGCGGUUUCAAAAUUGACGGUAUUCUGGACUGUGGCUGUGUCCCUGUCCUUGUGGGGUACAAUGAUCAUAACUGUAUCAUCAUACAAAGACUUCAGAGAACAUUCCAUAAGUUUUGCAGUGGAAACAACCUACCUUCGCUGGAACACAACAUUUCCAGCAUUCACAGUAUGUGAAGAAGAUGACCCUGAAUAUGUGUGGGAAGAAUUUAAGAAGAAUCACCCAAAUGCAACUGACAAGAUAGGAAGAAUUCUGGAAGAGAUAGUGUACUACAAAGGCAUAUGCAAUUCAUGUGAAGAAUGUAACCAAGAGCUGGACUGUUCAGUAGUAUUUGAUAAGAAGAACUUUGAGGUAUUUGCAUUGUGCAAGGAAAUAUUUACAUUUUGUGAAUGGAAUGGUCAAACAUUUGACUGUUGUGCUAAUUUCUUGCCCCUAAUAACAGAUACAGGCACGUGCUUUACUAUUAACUCCAUUCAUACAAGACAAGACCCCAACAGAAUAAAAAUGAUCUCCAACAGAGAAACAGGGCCUGGAACUCUUACCAUUGGAGUAGUAAGGAAUGUACUGGUAUGCAUGCAUUCCUCUUCAGAUGUGUGCACAUCCAGUCAUGAAAGACAGAAAAAAUGGAAUGUUGAGUUUGGUGAAUCAUGGACUGUACUGUUUAAUGUACUUGAAAUUGUGAAUGACCCCCUAGUACACAAAAUUCCAAUCACAAGACGAGAAUGUCGGUUUCCUGAAGAAAAGCCAGAUCACUAUAAACUGUUCAAGUACUACAGCUAUUCCACCUGUGUGCUUGAGUGUCAAGUUCUUAAAAUGUUGGAACACUGCAAAUGUAUCAAUCAUAUUCUUUAUCCAGCUGUUUCAGGCAACUUCACACAGUGUGACAUCAAUGGGAUUAAAUGCCUCAACGAAAUAUACCUUGACCUAGUAAAAUUGAGGGCAAAACACUCAGAAAAUGAGAACGAACCAGGUAUUAUAUGUGACUGCAGUGCUGACUGCAAAGAACCAGACCAAUUUGUGAUACAUGUAGAGAAAAAAGAAACUAAAAAAGAAAGCAGUGAUAUCAAGUUUGUGAUGCAAACCCUUCCAAAUGAACGAUUACGAAGAAAUGUUAUCCGAAGCAAACUGGACUUAGUUGUAUCUUUAGGUGGGAUUGCAGGGUUAUUUCUUGGAGCAAGUCUAAUCAGCGCUGUGGAGCUACUUGUUCAUGUCUUUAUAAGGAUCUGGACAGCACAUUCACUAACAGGUCACAGCAAUGUACUUGAAGAUAUACCCAGACAACGCAAGAAAUGUUUUAAGAAGCCAUCAUCAAUUGUACAAUAUACAAGUAGUGAAUCUGGUAAAAAGCUUCCAUAUUAUGGGAAGGAUUAUGGUGUUGCUACAGUUUUCAUUUAAAUUCUUCACUAUUCAUGUAAGAAGAGAUGUG